CAGCCGUUUUCAAGCUGCAGUGCUUCACCGCUCCGCACACACACACCCGAGGAGUGGAAAGUUCUUCGCCAGCCCGGGGAUCUCAAGAGUGCUGCUUGUGAAACAGCCACUUUGAUUCAAGUUUCUUCGGGGGCUGCUUUUACUAGCACCACAUCCGUGCAAGACUGCACCAUGGGAAGUAGCUAUUACAGCCUGGUGGCCACUGCACUGCUGGUCAUGAACUUUGAGAGGACGCGGUCCGUGCGGGAUGCCUGCAGCAACUGUCCAGCUGGUACCUUCUGCGGGAAAGACAAGGGUCAGAUGUGUGUUCCCUGUCCUUCAAAUAGCUUCUCCAGCACCGGCGGACAGAGGGCCUGCGACAUCUGCAGGCUGUGUGAAGGUGUUUUCAGGACCAAGAAGGUGUGUUCCCCCACCAGCAACACAGAGUGUGAGUGCAUCUCGGGGUUCCACUGCCGGGGGGCCGGAUGUACCAUGUGUGAACAGGACUGCAAGAAAGGCCAAGAAUUAACCAAAGACGGCUGCAAGGACUGUGGCUUCGGAACUUUCAAUGACGGGAGAUUCGGUGCCUGCCAGGCCUGGACGAACUGUUCUCUGGACGGGAAGACCGUGCUUGCCAACGGGACCAGGGAGAGCGACGCGGUGUGCGCGCCGGCCCGGGCCGACUCCUCCCCAGGCCAGCCCCCCCAGAUCAGCCUCUCCACCCUCGUGCUGGUGGCGGCGACGCCGGUGGUACUGUUCCUGCUGUUGUUCCUCGUGUCCCACGCCUCUGCAGUCCAACGGGGCCGGAGGAAACUCCUGUACAUCCUCAAGCAACCAUUCAUGAAGCCGGCGCGGACUGCCCAGGAGGAAGACGCCUACAGCUGCGGGUUUCCCGAGGAGGAGGAGGGAGAAGCGUGCAAGCUGUGAACGGAGACCCCGGGACGGCUGGGGCUCGUGUGGGAGGGAUCGAUGGAGAAGCAGGAGGGGUCCCACCGGCGUGGCUUUCCGGAUUGAAAAACACCAUCCUGGACAAUACCCAGGGUUGCCCGAGUUUCUUCUACAAUGUUCAUUUUAUUUUAUUUUAUUUUUUAAUUUUAUUUUAUUUUAAUUUUAUUAUUUGUCUCAAUUCACUGACUUUAGAGAGCAAGAGGGAGGGAAAGAGGGAGAGCAGUCUGCUGUGCCACUUCCUCAGGCACUCAUUGGUUGGGUUUUGUAUGUGCCCUGACCGGGGAUUGAACCCUUAACCUUGGCUCACUGGGAAAACGCUCUAACCAGCUGAGUUACCCUGCCAGGGCCAAGUUUCUUCUAAAUGCUAGCGAGUCAGCCUUUAAAAUUGUAUCACUUUUGACAGGACAAGGAUGGGACGGAGCUGGUGGUCAAGGGGCAUUUUCUAGAUAGUACUUAAAAGAUUUGGGCCAGUUUUUGUGAAUUUCAAAGAUACUUUUUCUUUUUUUUUAAAGAUUUUUAUUUAUUUAUUUUUAG